AAAGCAUCGGCCACCGGAGCCGCUGCAGGAACCAUCACCGUCUCCAAUCUAGUAUGGACAAGGUGCUGGCCUUCUCGAUCCUGAGCGCGAAGCCGGCCGACAUCGGCACCGGCCCGGGCGCCUGCGGCUGCUUGGCCCGUCCCUCCUUGCGAGGGAGGAAGCUGCAGGAGGACGACCAGGCGAGAGCACAACACCAGAGGAAGCAGGGCUGUCUGAUGGCAGAGACAGAGCAGCUGCCGGUCAAGGUGAAAUCGCAGGCGCCGUCGCCGCCUCAGUCGCGGUUCACCCCUGAGUUUGAUGGGAUUGACUCCUUCGAGACCAUCGUGUGCGAUUAAUCUGUAAAUCGAGCUGCUUGUUACUCCAGCCGCGUGUGCCACCAUCAAUUGUUUCUUCGUUUGAGUGCCGUU